AUGAGCACACCAAGGUCUGGCAGUGCUACCCCGGGGUCAGGAUCUAGGUCACAGAAUGGUCGUAAAAAUCAGCCAAAAAAGCAUGACCCAGAUCGGAGCCGAAGCGCACAGUCCACUGAAAGCUCCAGGUCUAGCACCCCGAGGUCGCCUCUCAAUGGAAAGUACAAGAAAGGGGAUGUUGUCAGUGCCUCUAAUGGAGUACGGAAAAAAUUCAAUGGAAAACAGUGGCGUAGGCUGUGUUCACGGGAAGGCUGCACAAAAGAAUCUCAGAGAAGAGGCUUCUGUUCCAGACAUUUGUCUCUCAAAGGCAAGAGCCUCAGACAUGCACCAACAUUUCCAGGCUGCAGACAGGGUGCACUGAAAGAAGGGCACAUUGAGUGGACUGGGGACGGACAUAGUGAAUUUGACCGUGAACGGAUGAUGGCAAACAGGUUUGACAUGGAUGAAACAGAAGCAGCCAACAUGCUU